CGUUUUCUGCCAUUGAGUUCUAGCCAUAGCUAUAAUGGUUCUUCUUUGCCCCCGUAUUCACUUUUACGAGAUCAAUGACCAAGAAUGGUUUCCCCAAUACCUCCGCGAAAAAGUCCAAUCAUGCCUCACACUCUGCUGGACCUUCCGCGUCCCAGUCCUGCAGAAAGCUUCACCAGCCCAGCUCGUAGCCAGCACGCUGUACCGAACUCUUGCAGACGAUGUGACGAGCUAUACAUAUGUUGAUUUCUGCGCUGGCGCAGGUGGACCGACACCCUUCAUCGAGAAAGAUCUCAACGCACAGCUCUCCUCCCGCACACCUAUUUCUCCAUACACCGCAUCUAUCAAUGCCUCGAAAGCAGCAUUGAAUCCACGAUCUCCCCGCGCUGUAACGUCGCCUCGGACAUUGACACCAGACAAUGGAGCUGUGCAGUUCAUCCUGACUGAUCUGCACCCUCACAUCCCAGAUUGGACGGACGCCUCAAAGCGGAGCGAGAACUUGACUUUUAUAUCUGAUCCAGUGGAUGCUGCGAGUGCGCCGGCGAGUCUGAAUGGUGCGGAUGGGAGGAAGAUCUUUCGAUUGUAUAAUCUGGCGUUUCAUCAUUUUGAGGACAAGCUUGGCUUGGAUAUCUUGCGGAAUACCAUUGAGACGGCGGAUGGGUUUGGUAUUUUUGAGCUCCAAGAGAGGACAUUCUCGUCCUUACUUACCAUCUUCGCUAUGGGUCUGUUGAUGUUCCUCAUUACGCCAUUCUACUUUUGGAGAUCUCCCGGCCACCUUUUCUUCACGUAUAUCAUACCUAUCAUUCCAUUUGUUUUGGUCUUUGAUGGGUAUGUAUCCUCGUUACGGACGAGGAGUGCCGAGGAGGUACAGGCUCUAAUGAAGGAUUGUGGAGCAUCUUGUGACGGCUGGACCGUCAAGAACGGUCAAGAACAGCAUACUUGGCCCACAGGAUAUAUGACCUGGGUAAUUGGCAUCAAGGGGUAGACCCUUACCAGAAUCUUCAUGGACUAGAUUGUAGAUAUCCCGAUAGACCUUGACUUACAAUAGGCCUUCCUAAGAUACCUUGUUAAGUCAUUGGUUGAACAGAAGACCAUUGUGAAGAAUA